AUGGCUUCUAUUAUUCGUUCUUUGCGACCUUUGUCGCGUGCCCCUACAGUCCGCCUGGCGGGCAAGCGCCUCGCUGCUGGCCGGCCCCGCGUAUGCAUUCUCCACCACCCCCGCCGGCGGGAGGUCGACAUCUCCGAGCUGACCCCGACACCCAUCACCCAUUUGUCUGAGACGGAGUCUCUGAUGGCCGACUCGGUAUCGAAGUUCGCCGCGGAGCAAAUUGGCCCCAAGGUACGGGACAUGGACGAAGCCGAGCACAUGGAUCCCAAGGUCGUCGAGCAGCUCUUCGAGCAGGGCCUGAUGGGCAUUGAGGUGCCCGAGGAGUUCGGUGGCGCUGGCAUGAACUUCACCGCUGCUAUCGUCGCGAUCGAGGAGUUGGCACGCGUCGACCCCAGUGUCAGUGUGCUGGUCGAUGUCCACAACACACUCGUCAACACCGCCAUCUUGACGCACGGAGAUGCCCAGUCUCACCGUACCUGGUUGCCCAAGCUGACUUCCGGCACUGUUGGUUCGUUCUGUCUUUCCGAGCCCGCGUCUGGUUCCGACGCCUUCGCGCUCCAGACCAAGGCCGAGAAGACCGCCGAUGGUUAUAAGAUCAACGGCUCUAAGAUGUGGAUCACCAACUCUAUGGAGGCUGGUAUCUUCAUCGUCUUUGCCAACAUUGACCCCAGCAAGGGCUACCGCGGUAUCACUGCUUUCAUUGUCGAGAAGGAUACCCCCGGUUUCUCCAUCGCCAAGAAGGAGAAGAAGCUCGGAAUCCGCGCUAGCAGCACCUGUGUGCUCAACUUCGACGACUGUGUCAUCCCCAAGAGCAACCUGCUCGGCAAGGAAGGACAGGGAUACAAGUACGCCAUCAGCACCUUGAACGAGGGCCGUAUUGGUAUCGCCGCUCAGAUGACCGGUCUGGCCCUCGGUGCAUGGGAGAACGCCGUACGAUACGUCUGGAACGACCGUCGCCAAUUCGGCGACCUCAUCGGAAACUUCCAGGGUAUGCAGCACCAGAUUGCGCAGGCCUACACCGAGAUUGCCGCUGCCCGCGCUCUCGUCUACAACGCCGCCCGCAAGAAGGAGGCCGGCCAGGACUUCGUCCAGGACGCCGCUAUGGCUAAGCUCUUCGCUUCCCAGGUUGCCGGCCGCGUGUCCAGCUCUGCUGUUGAGUGGAUGGGUGGUAUGGGCUUCGUCCGUGAGGGCAUUGCUGAGAAGAUGUACCGUGACAGCAAGAUCGGCGCUAUCUACGAGGGUACCAGCAACAUCCAGCUCCAGACCAUUGCCAAGAUUCUGCAGAAGAAGUACACCAACUAG